AUGAUUACUCAAUCUACUACUCAUGUUCAACAUAAAAAUCAAUUGCUAUAUUUUAUUAGUAAUCUGAAUCUCUACAAUGACUAUGAUGAGAUGACUCUCACUGGUCAGCUUCUAUCAACACGUGUUUUCGUCGUCUUGCUUUCAAUCGCUCUUGUGAUUAUACUAGCAUUUACUGGUAUUAUUCCUCAAACACGUGCAUUCACUGUCUAUUCACCAUCUGUCAAUGAAUUCGAAAGUUUCAUCAAUAGAUACCCAACUGCAACUGCAUGUCGCUGUUCUCAAACAUCAAUUUCUUAUCUACAAUUUGUGUCAUUCAAUCCACAAUUUCAUCAAGUUUGUUCAAGUAAUUUCAUCAAUGAAGAAUGGUUUUCUUCGUUAUUCAAUGCUAAUACAAGCAAUUACUAUCCUCUUGAUUUUCGAUUGGUGGCUUCUGCACAAUUGCAAGUUUUAUCUCUUCUCUGUCGAAUAUCACAUGGAGUUGUAAUUGAUGCUCUUAAAGGUUUGGCUUCAGCAUCAGUGUUUUCACUAAAUGCAUUGUCACGUGACGUACUUCAUAGUUAUAUAGACACAUCCAUUGAACAAUUCAAGAAAAAUACACUUAACAAUUUUCAUUUACACAAUCAUUUUGUGUUAUCCCUUGUUUCAGAACAUCGUUUUAUAUCUGCAUUACGAACAAAUUUCUAUACGAGAAGUGUUCCUGGUAGUAACAUUUUUGAAACUUUUUCUGCCAUAUAUCCACAACAAGUUAAUCAAACUCAAUCGUCAUCGAUGUCGAAUGAAAUAUGUCGGUGUGAUCAGAAAAAUCAUUGUAUUUAUCCUGCUGGUAUUUAUAAUCAAUCAAAAGCUAUCAUUCCAAAUGAAGUGUUUUCACUUGAUGAACCAUCUCUAUUCAUUGUACCAGGAUUUCAAGUUGGAUGCAUACCUCAAAACGCAUUGCUUCAUUCAACAUUGGAAUGUUUUUAUAAUCAAUCAUGUUUAGAUAUGGUAAUUUCAUUGACUGGUGCUCUUUCCACUGUCUCAAUUUUAAAUAUUUCAAACCCUUCACGAUUCAAUCCAACAACAACUAUUAAUGUUCUCUUUGAUAAUCUAAUGAUCGAAUCUUGGAAAAACUCUACUGAUUUUGAGGCAUAUUUUCAAACGUGUGCACCAAAAUCAUGUUCAUAUUCAUAUAUACAACGGUUCUUUCUCAUUUACAUGAUCACAACUAUGGCUAGUGUUUUUGGUGGACUUAUCGUAGUAUUACGUAUAGCAUCGCCAUUGUUGCUAAAAUUCAUUUUACAUUUUUGUCCCCAAGAAGUUCGAACGUUGGAAGCUGAUGAAGAACAUGAACCCAAUAGAAAUUUCAAAGAUCGUAUACGAAACUUCAUUAAGUUAGUUGGUCACAAAGUUACUACAUUUAAUUUGUUCGCAACAACUUUCACCAAUGUUCGACAUGGGAUUUAUUCUACUCGUGUCUAUAUCAUAUUAUUGAUGCUUGGUAUAUACACAUUGACCAUUUACUCUACUUCAAUAGUUAGUUCACAACGAAUCACUAUCAAAAAUCCAAGUCCAGAUCAAUUUGAGCACCUUUAUGCCAUGUAUUCAUCCAUUCUUUCAUGUCCAUGUCGAUAUUCAUUGAUACCACGUUCAACAUUUAUAUCCAAUGACAUAAAAAUUCAUUCAUUUUGUACAAGUAGUUUUGUGCAUGAUGAUCGAUGGUUCCAAUAUUGGAAAAUGGAAUUCUUAAAUGGUACCAUCGAUCCUAAUCCACUAUUUCAUUGGACUGAUUUUCGAAAGAAUGGACUUAAAUUUUUCAAUUACGCUAAAAUAUGCUGUGAUAUAGCCAAUAGAACUUUGUCUAAUAUAAUGAAUUCGUUUCAAGACGAGUAUUUUGUCUCUCCUCAACCUCUCUCUCAACUAGAAUUCAAUGAAACGACCUAUAUGUGGGAAACUUAUUUGCAAAUGCAGAUUGGCCAAAUAUACUGGGCUAAAUUAUAUCAAGUGGAAGAAAGUAUUCGACAGGGUGGAUUAAUUUCAUUCGAUUUUAUUGAUCCUUCUCUGGUAUCCAACCAUAUUAAUAAUGCGUGGAUUCUAAAAUAUGGUUCAGACAAUACUAAUAUUUUUAAUAAUCGGCCAUGUGAUUGUGAAGAAGUUCAAGUUUGUUUAAAAUCAUUGGGUUUCUAUAGCAAUUCAUUGUUAUCUGCACAAACCGAUAUCAUAUCAGGUCAAAUUAUUCCUGGUCUAUACCUUGGUUGUACACUUUUAGAUUUUAGUUUUUCUACACUAGAAUGUUUUUACAAUCAACUAUGUGUCCAGAUGCUAAUUGAUCAACGUCUUUAUGGUUAUGAAAAUAUCUAUUUACCAAUCAAUUUGACUAAUAUAACAGCACUUGAUCCUAAUGAUGUCAUCACAAUGGAACUUCAAGACCCAUUCCUAUUUCUCAUGCGGACUGCUUUUGUUGAUCAAUGGAUCUACAUAAAAAAUUAUACAUCGUACUAUGCUCAUUGCCAGCCACAAAUAUGUACCUAUACAAUACAGCAGAAAUUACAUCAUUUUGCUUAUGUUAACUUAGUUAUUGGCUUGAUUGGAGGAUUAACUGUUCUUCUUCGUGUUUUCGUUCCAUUGUUCAUUAAAAUUAUCUAUCUGAUUUAUCAUUUGUGUCGUCGGCAAACACGAGGCAUUGUUGUUGGAUGUUCAAUCAUGGAUGGUCUUUCACAGUCGACAUUUGAAUGCUUCUAUGAUGAUGUUUGCGUCAAUCAACUAAAUAGAGUUCUGGGUAGUUCUUUUACUACAUUUAAUCUUAAUGCAACGCCAUUCUCACCAACGACUUCAAUAGGAUCGAUUCUGGAUGACUAUUACAGGAUAUCAUAUGCUGUUUCACUUAAUUAUUCUGCAUAUUUCCAAGAAUGUGCUCCAUCAAUAUGUCAAUAUCAUCGUGCUGAACCAAACAAUAUUGUUUAUAUAUUCACAACACUGCUUGGAUUAUAUGGAGGAUUAACAGCAAGUCUACAUAUUUGCGUAUGGUAUUUGUUACGCCUUCGCCGAAUCAUAGUGCAGCAUUGUUCAUGGCGGUUGCGACGCAUACAUCCUUCGCCUUGA